AUGUCGAAGCGGUGUAUAUGGUGUAGGUUCCUUUCAACGACGGGUACAAAAACUCCAGUCUCCAGACGAGCAAUGUUAUAUGUACCUGGAUCUAAUCCGCGAAUGCUCGAGAAAUCUUUGUCAAAUCCUGCCGAUUCAAUAGCGUAUGAUUUGGAAGAUAGCGUAGCUCCUGGAAAGAAAGACGAAGCCAGAGGAUUGGUCUCUGAAUUUCUCAAUGGUGAUAGAAGACCAAAAGGAGAAGUAGUAGCUCGUAUAAAUGCUAUAGGGACAGGAUAUGAAGAUGAUGAUUUGAAUGCGGUUCUGUCUACCAAGCACCUUUCAGCAAUUGCGUUACCCAAAACGAAUUCAGCAGAACAUAUAUCCUAUCUCAUAUCAAAAAUAAAUGCCCUAGCUCCUUCACACAAAAGAACUGGGGGAGAGAAACCGCUUAAGAUAAUAGCUAUGAUCGAAAGUGCAAGAGCUAUGGUAGCCAUUGAGUCUAUUGCAGCUAGUGGGAAAGGUCAUUUGGAUGCUCUACUUUUUGCCGCUGAGGAUUAUUGUGCGGAUGUUGGCUUAACGCGGACACCUUCAAGAGAGGAACUGUUGUAUCCCAGAUCGAGAUUGGUAACGACGGCUAAAGCUUUCGGAUUACAAGCUAUCGACUUGGUUUGUGUGAAUUACAAAGAUCCGGAUGUACUGAGAGAAGAAUCGGAAGAAGGGAAGAGAUUAGGAUUCGAUGGUAAACAAGCAAUACAUCCUGAUCAAGUUGACAUUAUACAUCGCUCCUUUUCACCUAAUGAUCAAUCUAUACUCAAAGCCGCUCGAGUGAAAUUCUCCUUCGAACAUCAUGAUAAGGCGGGGAAAGGUGCAUAUACCUUAGAUGGGAUGAUGAUUGAUGCUCCUGUAUAUAAGCAGGCUAUUAAAGUCCUCGCGCAGGCAGAAUCAGCUGGAUUGGAUAUUCCACAAAUUACAGUAGAAGAUAUAUAA